AUGCCGGACUGGCCUGAUGUUCUAGCCAAACGAAAAAAGGCCAAAAGCGGUCACUAUCAAGGGAUUCAACCGUUAAUUGCCACUGGAAAACUUGUCGAUGGAGGUGCAAUCUUUGCAGAACAUCCCCAGGAGGGUAAGGACCCCCGGUUUCUCGGCAGUGUCGUAGUUUACACGGGCGAAAGUAUCGAGGAUGUCCGGCAAAUUAUCAAGAAUGAUAUAUACGCCACCAGUGGAGUUUGGGAUAUUGAAAAAGUUCAAAUCUACCCAUACAUGCCAGCUGUGAGACAGCCACUCCCAUGA